GGCUGAUGUGCCAUUGACUGAGAUGGAGAAGAAGAGGGUGGGAAAAAUGAGGAUUGUUUGGGUGUUGUUUGCAGUGGCGGUAAAGUUAAAGAGUUCUGUUUUGGACUUGGUAAGUGUAAGGAACAUAAAUGGAGGUGUCAGGUAGGCAGUGAGAUACACAAGUCAGGAUGGCAAGAGAAGUCCCUAAUGGAGCGGUAAUUUGGGAGUCUCCAGCGUAGAGAGCCCUGGGAUUGGAUGAGGUCACCUAGGGAGAAGUCUGGAGAGAGAGGGCAAGAUUUGAGGAAUGCCUACAUUCAGAAGUUGGGUAUUCCAUGUUCACUGCUUUCAGAGCGUAAUGCUAAGUCUGCUGAAGGAGUGAAAGAAAGAUCAGUCCCAUGUCCCCCUGUCUGUGGGACAUCUCUGCUAUUACCCUUCACAAGGUAUAAGCUGGCUCUCAGCUCUGCGGCUCCCUGAACACUUUGCGUACUUCCGUUAUAAUGCUCAUAAACGCUGCACUGUCGAUGGUAGGUUUGUAUCUCACGGGGAUACAGGUUAGCAAUCUGUACCCCCUACAUGUGUGCUAGGGUUAAACAAUACACAAAUUGUGGCUACGGAGAGGCAAGUUUCUCAUUGUCAGAGAAGGAAGUUACAGAUAAGCAGUAGAGGAAGGGUAGAGAACCCUGUGGCACUUGGUUCGAACUGGGAGACAUUAGUAGGAGCUUAUUUAGUAGGUACAGAAACAGGUUGUGUGUUCAUACGGGCUAGUGUACACACACAUGUUACUAGCCCUGUUUGGUGAAAACACCCAGAAGCAGUGACACCCCAGCGGCAGCAAGCACACCCAGCACUCAUCUCCUGGUUUUGAAAUACCAUUCUCAGUACAAGGACCCUGGUUCCUUGGAGAAAUGACUUACUUCACAGCUAUCACAAGGAAAAUAUAAGGUGAACUUCAAACGUGUAUUAUGAACAUGAUUUUUUGAAAAAGAUGGGGCUUGUCAAAAGGACACAGCAGACUGAAAGAUUUCCCACUGACCAAGGUUGGAACAAUUCGAGCAACAAAAGGAAUAGAGUUGCCAUGAUGGAAGUCAAAGCAAAACAAAAAUUCACAGGAAAAGGUACAAAGACGUCACAAGAAAAAAACAGAUUUUGUAAGAACAAUGAUUCUGGCUCUUCAAAGACAUUCCCAAGAAAAGUUGUUAAGGAAGGUGGACCUAAAAUCACAUCUAAGAACUUUCAGAAAAGUGCCACAAAACCAGGGAAAAAAGGUGUGAAACAUUUCAGGAAUAAACAACAAGGGGAUAAAAUACCAAAGAACAAAUCCCAGCAGGCAAAUAAAUUCAACAAGAAGAGAAAAUUCCAGCCGGACAGUAAAAGUGAUGAAUCAGCAGCCAAGAAACCCAAAUGGGAUGAUUUCAAAAAGAAGAAGAAAGAACUGAAGCAAAGCAGACAACUCAGCGAUAGAACCAACUAUGACAUUGUUGUUCGGGCAAAGCAGAUUUGGGAGAUCGUGAGAAGAAAAGACUGUGACAAAGAAAAAAGAGUGAAGUUGAUGAGUGAUUUGCAGAAGUUGAUUCAAGGAAAAAUUAAAACUAUUGCAUUUGCUCAUGAUUCAACUCGUGUGAUCCAGUGUUACAUUCAGUUUGGCAAUGAAGAACAGAGAAAACAGGCUUUUGAAGAACUACGAGAUGAUUUGGUUGAAUUAAGUAAAGCUAAAUAUUCCAGAAAUAUUGUUAAGAAAUUUCUGAUGUAUGGGGGUAAACCUCAGAUUGCAGAGAUAAUCAGAAGUUUUAAAGGCCACGUGAGGAAGAUGCUCCGACACGCGGAAGCCUCGGCCAUCGUGGAGUACGCAUACAACGACAAAGCCAUUUUAGAGCAGAGAAACAUGUUGACAGAGGAGCUCUAUGGGAACACAUUUCAGCUUUAUAAGUCAGCAGAUCACCCAACUCUGGACAAAGUGUUAAAGGUACAGCCAGAAAAACUGGAGCUUAUCAUGGAUGAAAUGAAACAGAUUCUAACUCCAAUGGCCCAAAAGGAAGCUGUGAUUAAGCACUCAUUGGUGCAUAAAGUAUUCUUGGACUUUUUUACCUAUGCGCCCCCAAAGCUAAGAUCAGAAAUGAUCGAAGCCAUCCGUGAAGCGGUGGUGUACCUGGCACACACACACGAUGGUGCCAGAGUGGCCAUGCACUGCCUGUGGCAUGGCACGCCCAAGGACAGGAAAGUGAUUGUGAAAACAAUGAAGACUUAUGUUGAAAAGGUGGCUAAUGGCCAAUACUCCCAUUUGGUUUUACUGGCGGCGUUUGAUUGUAUUGAUGAUACUAAGCUUGUGAAGCAGAUAAUCAUAUCUGAAAUUAUUAGUUCCUUGUCUAACAUAUUAAGUGACAAAUAUGGAAGGAAGGUCCUGUUGUACCUACUAAGCCCCCGAGAUCCUGCACAUACAGUACGAGAAAUCAUUGAAGUUCUGCAGAAAGGAGAUGGAAACGCACACAGUAAAAAAGAUACAGAGAUCCGGCGCCGAGAGCUCUUAGAAUCCAUCUCCCCAGCUUUGUUAAGCUACCUGCAAGGUCACGCCCAAGAAAUGGUGCUAGAUAAGUCUGCCUGUGUGUUGGUGCCUUGCAUUCUGGGAGCUGCCAUUGGAGACACUCAACCUGCCAUGAAUGCCGUCGCCAGCUUGGCAGCAGCAGAACUGCAUCCUGGCGGCAAGGAUGGAGAGCUUCACAUUGCAGAACAUCCUGCAGGACACCUUGUUCUGAAGUGGUUAAUAGAACAAGAUAAAAAGAUGAAAGAAAACGGAAGAGAAGGUUGUUUUGCAAAGACACUUGUAGAACAUGUCGGUAUGAAGAGCCUGAAGUCGUGGGCUGGUAUAAAUCGAGGCGCCAUCAUUCUUUCUGGCCUUCUCCAGAGUUCUGAUCCAGAAGUUGCAAGCAAAGUCAAAGCUGGACUGAAAAGCCUGAUCCCCACAUUGCAGAAAAACAAAAGCACCAGCAAAGGAGUAGAAAUGCUGCUUGAAAAACUGUCUGUGUAGAUGGACACAAUUACCAAGAUGGAACCAUUGUUUCUCGUCCGAUCUGUUUUCCCAGAGUGGAGAGAAGGGCUAGGGGCCCACCACACUGGUGAUUUGUGUACUCGGUGUAUGUGCUGCUGCUUUGUACAUGAAUUUAUUUAUAAAAUGCUUUCUAAAAAUGCCCUUUGAAAAAAA